CCUGCACCUUCCAGUCAAAUGCCUGGCCUCGCGUGAAUCGGUGAAUCGACGCCCCUAGCCAAAUGGUGGCCAAAGAAGAGGCGGAGGAAGCCGACGUGGAGGCAAAAGCCAAACGGCCACGUACAGAUGGUGUGGGUGUGCCACCACUCUUCUCUCAGGGAGGCUAUUCAGAGGCCUCUGAUGGUUGGUGGGCGCACAGCGGAGGUGAGUGGCUACACAACAAGACUGAAAUGGCAUACUUCCAUUUGCCUACCGGACAGAUUCGUGUAGUCCUGGAUGAAUCUGCUGAAUUGCCAGCGCCUGCGAAUGGCAAGGAGCAGGUGGAGGAUGAAGGACCUCUCUUGCGUGGCCGAGUGAGAUGGUUUAACGAAAAGAAAGGCUUUGGCUUCAUCGAACCAAUCGAUGAUGCAGCGAAAGUCCUUGACAAGGACCUUUUCGUUCACAGAAACCAGAUCACAGGUGCGAAGAAUGGGGAGGCGGAGGGUGAGACAGAAGUCUUUGCAUCUCUGCAGGCCGAAGAAGUGGUCACUUUCCAUCUUGGUCAAACAGAUGAUGGGAGAAUGUGUGCAGUAAGAGUGAAAGUUGCUGAGGCAGAUGCUGACGAAGCAGAGCCACAGGAUGGUGACGCUGAAGAUGGUGAUGGUGAAGACGCCUCUGAGGCAUCAUCCGUGGAGAUAGACUUGGAGGAAGAGUUGAAGUGUGGCUUCCACCAAGACAAAGCUGAAGGCAAGGAGACCUGUGAGGACUACCUGGUCGAAAAACUCAAACUGCCCAUCAAUGUGUUGGGAGAGACUGCUACUUUCGUUUUUUUUGGCGUUUUCGAUGGCCAUGGUGGACCCUACUGUGCAGAGCAUGUGUCCACUCACCUGGCCAAGAACAUUCUGGCGCGUCUUCGAGAUCGUGCCAGGAAUGUCAGUGACGAGAUUGCUGUGAAGACCGCCCUCUUGGGUGGGUUCAAGCAGACAGAGCACAACUACCUGCAACACGCCAAGAAGACAGACGACAGCUCGGGCAGUACUGCCUGCACAAUGACUGUCUUCGGACCUGACGAACAAAUGCGAUUGCGGCUCUUCAUGGCAAACUGUGGUGACUCGCGUGCAGUGCUGUGCACAAGUGGCACUGCUCAGCGCCUCACAGAGGAUCACAAGCCAAACCUUCCGGCAGAAAAGAAACGAAUUGAGGCAGCUGAUGGAGGUGUCGUCGAGGUUCAAGGUGUUUGGCGUUGUGUACUGCCUCAGAAGAAGCGUCUUACGAGCAAAAUAGCUGGUUUGGCAGUGUCUCGGAGCUUUGGGGACAAGGACUUCAAGGGUCCUGACAUAGUCAGUGCAGAGCCGGAGAUCACUGUACACGAGGUUGACUGGGACGCUGACGAGUUUGUGAUCCUGGCGACUGAUGGCAUUUGGGAUGUUCUUUCCGACAAGGAUUCCGUUGCCCUCGUCCGGCAGCACCUUCAGAGUGGGAGGACAGAGGAGAAAGCAGCUGAGGCCCUUGUAAAGCGGGCACGUGAAAAGGGCAGCCAAGAUGAUUGCACAGCUUUGGUUGUGCGGUUUUCUUGGGCCAACAAGGGUCAGCAAACUGACGCUGCAGAGCCAGAGGGGCAGGGAGAGGAGGCGGAUGCUGCUGCCGGCACUGAGGAGAUGGAGGUGGGAGAGGAGGGAGAGGAAGAGAUGAUGGAUGACGAUGAUGAAGCCGAGGCAGAGGCACUGGCACGCAUGGCCAGGGCUAUGGCUGCCAAUGCUGGUGCAGUCUUGGGCCCUGAUGGAGAGGAGGAAGCCGAGGAGGCGGAGGAUGCCAUCUCCAGCCAAGCUGCACCACAGAAGCAGGCAGAAGAUCGUGAUAUCUUCGCUGAUGGAGAAACAGAAGAGCAAGAUGAGGAAGCUGCUGGUCUGAAACGAUGGGACAAAACCAACGCGGCAGGGGCACUGAUCUCGCCACUCUUCGAGGGUCUUGGCCCAACGAGAGAAGAGCUGGCAGCCGACGAUGGCCAAGAUGGCCAAGACGGCCGAGGCACUGUGAUUGGUGGCCUGCUGAAAGACGUUGGUGGUGACAAAGCUGAAGACAAUGAAAAACCUCCAGAAGCCAAAGAAGCUGUUGAUGCCGACAUGGAUAUGUUUGGCUAAGCUGAGGGAAGUCAGAAAAA